UUCGCUGUCACCAACCUGCAGCCCAGCACCGACAACGUCCCGUCUAUCCCAGCAUGCUCCACGCUGUCAAAAUGGCAGCGCACAGGUUGGUGGCCUCGGCGCUGAAAACCCUCGCCAGCGGCUUGACGAGAAGAAAAGGGGCGCUGAGGCGAAGGGAGCGGAGGUCGUCAUACCUGCUGUUGGCUCCACUGCUGGCUCAAACUAAAGCAAGAGCUGAUCUGCCCCCUCCGCCUUGUUGCAUUCCUGCUCACAAUGUUCGGCGAUUCCAGUGGAUUGGAGAGCUCAUUCCAGCGUUUGGAAUUUCGGGGAGUCAAGUGAAUGUCUUAAGUUCUCCCUCAGAAUUCUAUGGUACAUUGAAGGAACACAUUAAAAUGGCAAAGAAGAGAAUCGUUUUGGCUUCCUUGUACCUUGGAACAGGUCCUUUGGAACAGGAGCUGGUUGAUUGUAUUGAGGAAUCCCUGCAGAGGUCACAGGAGGAAGCUAUGGUACCUGGUCUUAGAGUUGCUGUUCUGCUAGACUGCACAAGAGGGUCUAGAGGCAAGACAAACUCUCGAACUAUGCUGAUUCCUUUGCUGAGGAAGUUUCCAAAUCAAGUGCGUAUCUCUUUGUAUCACACCCCAGACCUCAGGGGAAUUCUUAAACUCCUGGUACCAGAGCGGUUCAAUGAGACGAUUGGCCUGCAGCACAUCAAAAUCUACCUCUUUGACAACAAUGUUAUUAUCAGUGGAGCAAACCUAAGUGAUUCCUACUUUACGAAUCGCCAGGAUCGUUAUGUUUUACUACGUGACUGCCGUGAGAUUGCAGAUUUCUUUGAUGAGUUGGUUGGUGCAGUCAGUGAUAUCUCACUUCAUUUGGAGCAGAAUGACACAGCUGAUGUGAAACCAGGAAUGGUCCACCCAUUCACAGGCAGUCGAAGAGAUUUUUGUGCGGCAGCGCACGAGAGGAUCAUGGCUGUGGUGAAUGAGGCAAGACACAAGCAACAACGUGCAACCCACCUAACAGGCUUGGCUGAAGGUCCUUCUGAAGAUGAGUUGGUCCUGACUUACGAUGCAGAUGGAUCUCCACGACAGACGGACACUUGGAUUUACCCCUUAAUACAAAUGAAGCCCUUUGGAAUUAGAAUAGACGAGCAUGUGACUGAAGCCUUGAUAACUGAAGCUGAAGAGGAUUCUACAAUAUACUUGACUUCAGGGUAUUUCAACCUUACUCAAAACUACAUGGAUCUAAUCUUGGGGACCUGUGCAGAUUACCGGAUAUUGUUAGCCUCACCAGAAGUGAACGGUUUCUUUGGCGCAAAGGGUGUAGCAGGAGCCAUUCCUUCUGCUUAUGUUUACAUUGCCAGACAAUUUUACAACAGGCUGUGUCAGAGUGGACUGCAAGAUAGAAUAAUGUUACAUGAGUACUUCCGAAAAGGGUGGACUUUCCAUGCAAAAGGUCUUUGGUAUUACUUGUCAGGAAGCAAGUGGCCUUGUCUAACUUUGAUUGGCUCUCCCAACUUUGGGUACAGAUCGGUACACAGAGACUUGGAGGCUCAGUUAGCAAUUGUGACAGAAAAUUGCAAGUUACAACAGCAGUUACAUCAGGAACAGAAGAAUUUGUACCAUUUAUCAAGUGAAGUUUUGGCUUCUACAUUUGACCAACCAAAUAGACAUGUGAAACUCUGGGUGAAACUAGUAACACCAUUAAUAAAGCACUUUUUCUAGAAACUAGUGAAGGAUAUGUCUAUUAUUAAAAGUCCAGACAUAAGUCGGACCUCGGGUAUGGGUUUUAUACACUGGGCAUUCGUAAAUGUUUUUUGUAUCUUGACGAUCCACUGGAAUGGCUUUGAUAAAAACAACUGGCAUCGAUGGUGUAAGUUCCUUCAGUCGCGCAUCAGCAAGGACUCCACUGUUCUUAUCCCAACGGGCACCUUUCAACAUAUAAAAUAUUAGUAGUAAUAUGAAUGAAAAUCUUUUACUGUAAACGUAUUUUAUAGCAAGUAAAAAAAUAAUGAAAGCUGCUUUCUAAGAAAUAUUUGUCAGUGAUAUGUUAUUUUACGAUCUUGCUAAGUUGGUAAAAGCUAAAGAUCUAUGAAAGCUUGUUGAAUAAUUUUCUUCUAAAUUUGUUAUACCAUUGGUGGUUCAUAGUGCAUUCAGUGAGCUAUUCAAGAAUGUGUCCACCUACACUUAUUAAAAAAUUAUUGAUUGUACAAAUGCCUAACCUUCCAUGUACAGCCCAUGGAUAUAAGCUCCUUCUCUGGGUGCACUUGUCAUGUCUUCUUUGUUUUUCUUUGUAACUUCCACUGCUAGACACAUUUUGUCCAAUGGCCAUUCAUUUUUUCUAGCCAUGGAUUGCAUUAUAGCUGUGAGGAAGGACUGAGGAUUGAAUAAACCACCAAGCCACACUGCAUUUGGCAGAGUAAAAUCUGUGCUCCAUACUUCCAAAUCCUAGAAAUAAACAAUUUAAUGAGAAAGUUUCAAUAAAAUAUUUUUCUGCAAGCAUUUUAGAACUAGUUUGAUAAGAUGCCAGAAUAUAUUUAUGGGAUAAUUCACUAAAACAAAAUAUACAGUGGCAUACAAAAGUUUGGGCACCCCGGUCAAAAUUUUUGUUACUAUGAAUAGC